CACGUGACUAAAAGUGCCAGCCAUCUUGAGCGUCUUUUCAUGACUACGACGCCGCGUCCGGAGGCUUGCGCGCCCAGUGCAAGACCCAGCGCGCAUAGUGCCAGUGGUGUUGUUGGUGUUGUGCCCGUGCGGCGUCGAUUGUGGACAACCCCAAAGACUCGCCGUGUCACAAGUUUGUCGUCGGCAGUCAUGGCACACUUGAUGUCGGUUCUACGUUCGCUGCCUCUAGCACACCAAUAUCUCCGUAGCCACCAGCACUGCCCUGCAAUGCAAAGAAACGCGGCUCUCCUUUCGUACUGCUUUUAGGCCAUGGACUCCAAGAAGAGUCCCAAUCGACGUCCGAAGCGGCAGGCGCCGCCAUCCAAGGAGGAACAAGUCUGGGACUGCAGCGUUUGUACGUAUCGCAACACGGCGGAGGCCUUCAAGUGCCUCAUGUGCGACGUACGCAAAGGAACGUCUACCAGGAAGCCGCGCUUGAAUGCGCAGCUGGUGGCACAGCAGCUGGGCCCGAGCAGCGGUCGCAGGGGCUCGAGCAGCCGGCGUGGGAGUGGGGGUCCCGGUGGGGACUCCAGCAACAGCUCACGCGGCACCACCCGGCCCCGCCUUAAGAACGUGGAUCGGUCGUCGGGCCAGCAGCGUGCUGUCACAGUCAACAACGUCACGGUUAUCAUCACCGAAUUCCAACCCAAGCGGCUUUCCGAUGCCUCGUCUUCAACCGACGGGGCUCACUCGGACGGACACGCAGAAGCGCGCUAGGCCUCAGGUCCACCUGAUGUAAUGGCUUGACCCUGCCAGCCACCUUUGCACCACUCUUGUGUUCUCCUGCCCACCCUCCGUCAGUCCUGAAGUUUUGGUGCCAGAGACGCUGCUUAGCCCCGUUGCCAAGGCUGUUGAGGUGUGAAGUCAAGCAUUCCGCAUCGUCAGAUCCUUUCCGGCCCAUUCAGUGUACAGUGCUGCAGCAUCGUGACACGUCCGUUGCCUGCCAUGUUAUUGGCACCGUGACCUUUCUUAAAUGCCAGGGCGGCCCGAGUUCUGCACUGAGCUGCCCUGUUAACAGCACGCAUAUAUAACACCCAGCUUGCCACCACUGGAGGCACUAAGCGUGUAGUAAAGCUACACUGGGUGGUUUUGUGACAACAGCGGGGUGUCGGACAGACAACGGUGUUCGUAAGAGAAGUGCUCAUAUAGUGUUGCCAAUUCAAGCCGCUGAAAAGGACUAUAGUGCAAAUUAGUAUUCACAGUUUGAACUGCAAUGUAGGUGGUGCGUGUUUAUGUGUGGCGGUCUCUAUUCCAAGUACCAGAUCACUUGCCUGACCCCAACUGGUGUGGUUUUUGUCUCAGAUGUGUGUGUGUUGGUUAGUGUGAGCGAGUCCAAGAUGUGUUCCGGCAGAUUCCAAGUUGGGGGCCAUGUUGGGCUCUCUGAUGCGAAGAGGAAAAUGCCAGGAUUGCCUUGACGGACGGAACAAAACAUUGUGACUCUUCCGUUUGCGGCACGGAUUCUGCGGCCUGUGCUGCCGUGUACAAUUCUCCGGAGUGUGUCCUGGCAAAAAUUGAUUCGUCGCCGUUCCAACUUCUGCGGCCUCUGCCGUGCAUGCUCGAUGUCGGCGAUGGGAAAUGGGUUCUGCACAGGACGAAGCUAAGUUGUGAAAUUGAGUUACACAAGUGCUGGUGUUGUUGUGACGUGUAAUAUUUUUUUGGCAAGACCGAUGGGAAAUCGGCUUGUGCUUCUCAUCUUUCUUGCAUCUUUUCUUUUUAUACACAUAGACAAGUUAAAUACUGAACAAAAUUCUUUGAGGUUAGUCCGUCAUUAAGCAUCAUUUUAGUCCCACUGACUUGAUUUGACUGCAGUGUAGAAAGCUUUUGCUGUGGCGAUGUAUGAAGCUGGCUGUGCUGUGCAGCCCUUCUGAUUGGAUUCAUCCAGAUAUCUAUAGAACCUGUAAUUUCACACAUUGUUCUUUGCAUCUGCCAUCAUGUGAAAAGAAUUAUGUGCAUGGAGAACCUUUCUGUUUAAAGGUCCACUUCAACGAAAUUUUGAACUGUGUAGAAACCCUAGUGAAAUGGUGUAGGUAUAAAGCAUCAUUCGGCCAAGGUUGUAAGUUUUAAAUCUGAGUUUCAUUGGAAUAAUAAAGCUUGUAAUAAUGUAGGUUUCUGGAACCAAAGUCUUUAGAGAUGCCAACAUUCCCUUGAGAGAAUGACGUAGAGCUCGGAAUCUUUGAAAAACCAGCAAGCACUGUACCUUGCCAUGACCUUUUGCGUUGGAUGGUGCCGUGCUGCAGCAGAAGUAUUGGAGGUCCUGGUUUUGCGAUUUACAAAGGAAAGAAUUGGCAUGCACCUUUUUAUAGCACCAAGCGUUGGAGUAAAUCAGUACGGAUUAAUUGGAAAGUCCACACACACAAAAAAAAACUGACCUGUUAUGGAAUUCGAAUAUCAAAUCAACGCCUUUCAGGGGAAGUCGCUCUACCAUGCGCGCUAACCAGAAGUCUAGCAGGCAGCAGAAGCCAACUGCACACAUUAUCUGAUUAGGUGCAAUUUAUAGCUCGUCGUUUACAAGCCCUGAAACUGCAGAGGCUGCUUCAACAGCCACAUCCUGCUGUCCUCUAAAAAUCAAUAUGAAGUUUCGUUGUAGUUGGCCUUUAAUGAAAUGUUCACUUAGCAGAUACACAUCAUUGUUUUAUUUUUAUUUCCUUGAGUGGCACACUGUAAUAUAUAUUAGCAACAGGAGUUGCAGCCACAGUUUUAAUUCCCCGUCACGACCAGAUGAGGAAAUCUGAGCAGAGAAAAGAAAUCUCAAGCUACAGUAUUUUAACAAUGGCGUGGGGCUUCACUGCAGUGUGCGAGGUUUCCAGAACUUACGCUAGAAGGAAGUGAGAUGCUAGUGGGCUUGUCUAGCCACACUUAAGCCGUAGUGAGAACGAUGGGAAGUACAAUAACUGGCCUGGCUUGACUUUUGGCUUGUCACCUCGUGCAACUACAGCUCUGUAAAUACCCUCCCUGGCAAUAAAACCACUGCAGC